UAAAAUUAAAUGGUACCUACUCACCAUUGAUAAAUAAACAUAACUGGCAUUAAGUUCAAUUUGAAUUUGUUUAUUGAUGGCAUUUUCGCAAUCCUUAUGGAAAUUUUGCGCAACUUGCGACUUUGCCAUUGCGAGGAACGGUCGUAAUAUUGGGAAGACGGUUUAACGAAUGCGUCGCCGCUGCAACCAUCUGAUACACGUGUGUUACGCAGGUCAACUAAAAUAAAGGUCGAUUGGCGUAAAUGACGUGUUCGUAAAUAAAUGGCCCGGACCGAAAUUCAUUUAGUCACCCAAACGAUUGUGGCGAGCCGUAUUUAAAGCUAUAAUUAAUGUUUUCGAUCAGUUCGCUUGAAAGUAUCGCUACUGUGGCGCGAAGAAUUCAAAAAAUCCGCAUCCAAUCAGAAAAAGGCAAAGAAGCGCGUGUUAGUUUAUUUUGAAUUACGUAAUCGACAAUCAUAUGGAAUUCCAGUUGGCAAGACAGAGACGAGACGUGAAAAUGACGAUUGCAAAAAAAAGCGACGGUGUCGCAUGGUAUCGAAACCUGCGCAAUGCGUAUUUUUAAGAAGAAUUUGGAAAAUGGGGAAAAUAUGGAAAAUAUUUUUUAUUUUAUUUGAAAUUUAUUUAAAAACCUACGCUUCCACUCACUGGGUUGUAACCGAAAAUGGACGUAUACAAUCACAUUUGGAUUCUCCAUUCCAUCUUCGACGUCCCUACGAUCUCAUCGCUUUAUUGGACCAAGAAACCCGUAGAAUUGAUAUAACGACUCUAUAUAAAGAUUUAGUUGACAGAAAAAAUGUAAUAGACCAAAAAUGGUCGGGUCUAGAGGGUGCUUCGGAUUUGGAGACCCGUGUCUACUCCCAAGACCCGGACUGCUCUAGGGCAGGUAAACUAUUGAGCGAGAUCGACUUGUACUCCAGCAUCGGCUCUAACGGUAGUAGCAGAACAGAUGUGACUUUGGGUAUUCUGUACGAAAACGAAUCUACCGAUUAUUCUGCACCUGACUGUACAAAUUAUGCCGAGCUCGAUUAUAGCAUGUUUGCAUUUGAGCAUUUGCAUGCAAUGGUUAAUAGAAAUGCUAUUAGCAUUGUACCCGAGACUGAUUUGGAGUAUUUAUUACCUGUUUCAUCGAUUGAUACAUUUGGACAUUAUAUUGGUUUAAGUUUGUCCAAGAACAGUUCAUCUUGGUUUCAUUAUAAUUUAGGGGUGCUGUACUGGAGAAUACUUGGGGAUGCACCAAGAGCAAUUGAGUGCGGUAGAAGAGCUCUUCAUUACUCCCCCAGGGAAUACAAGGACAUUCCAUUACUGAACCUAGCAGGGAUCUUUCAUCAAGCUCGGUAUCCAAAGGAUGCUGCAAUUUUAUUGCACGCAGCCGUCGAGCAUGCGCCGUUUCAAGCUACUAACUACAUUGCCUUAGGUAAUGUGUACGCAGUUUUGUCGGAUUAUAAUCGAUCAGUAGCUUGUUAUGACAACGUUCUGAAGUUACAACCUGAUCUCGAAGAUGUUGCCACCACAAAGUAUGCCACCCUGUGCCAUAAAAGAUUAGAUAGUGGCUUACUGCAGCUGCAUGAAUCGUUGCAAGGAAUUCUAUCGGAUUUGCACAAUUAUCAUAGCCAACAGCAGCAAUGGUUAAGGUUGCAGGAACGGCUAAUGUGGGAGCAAGCUCCAUUUGAAGCGCAAUUGAUCGGUUACAGCUCAGAAAAAUUAAGUGCCAUAUUGGCUAAUAGAGGGCAGCGUUGCAUACAACGCACAUCGGAGAAUUCAAAACCAACCAUCACAUGCGACUUUACCGACCAUCAAGCGGUUACAAAUUUACAAGUCGACGUCACUUUAAAUUUGCAGAGACUAUUACGCAAUGUCGAAAGUGAGACGCAGAAAAUUAACGAACAAAUGGCCCGUAAUAAAAGGCGACCGUUUUUAAAUCCAGUUAAGGACGAAUCUCAAAAAGGUGCACCAAAUGUUCAAAACAACUUGGGAACGCCUCCACUUUUACAUCCUACAUAUCCGACCACUCAUUUUACCUCUUCAGAUUUAUACUUUGACGAAACCGGAUGGCCUAGCAGAGACGAAUGUAUGAAUUGGAACUUACCGCUAGGUGAAAGCGACGACUUGGAUAUUCCCGUGUUUCUGCCGCCCGAAAACAAAGGAUUUCAAGUAACAAAAAUGCUAACAAGCUAUAUAGGGUUACCGACAGGUACGGAACACAAAUUACCUUGGUAUCCGCCAAUCUGCGAGCAUCCCGAUAAGGACGUGGAGAAGCUGUAUCUUCCAUCCUUCUUGCGACAAGUUGCGAGUUCUAAUUUGAAAAGCCAUCCUCUUCUUCAGCAACAUUUUUUAAGUUACAUUAGUGAUGGCAAAGCUGAGGAAUCGGAAAUAGGACAAAGAAUAAUUACGGCCAUGCAGAAGAGGACCGGUCCCGAAUGGGUAUUGGCGACAUUAGCAAGUUUCUAUUGGCGGUUGAGAUCGAACACAAAGAACUCUCUGAAUUGUCUCGAUCUUGCAUUCCAAAAUGUACCGAAGGAGUACACUGAUGUGGUACUUGUUUCAAUAGGAUCGAUAUAUCAUCAACUUGGACUGACAGAUGAUGCCAUAAAAUUUGCGAAUUUAGCGUUUAAGGUGAACUACAUCGAACCGAGCACAAAUUUCUUAUUGGCCUUGCUGCAUUAUACACAAAGCAACCCAAUACUGGCCAUGUAUUACAUGAAAAAUGUCUUAAGAGUUGAUCCCGAUUAUUACGGGGGCAAAGCGGACGAGUUGUUGAGAGUUUGGUCAUGCCGUUUGAAAAUGGGAAGUUUCGAGGACGUGAAGAGCAAAACUGAGAAGAAUUUGGAAGGAAUGUGUUCGGAGAAAGACGCCUUCAGCGGCGAGGGCGUUAUAUGUUCCGCAAACGGAGAGCAGUGCAAGACGGCAGCUAUUCAGUGUUUUCGUUCCGAUAGUUUGCACGAAGACAGUGGUACAAUUACUUUAGAUUUGAAACCAAAGUUGUUGACAACACAACAGUGCACUAAGCAGAAAGUUGGAUUGGGACAGUCGUUGAUUUCCACUCUAUUAGCUGCUGAAGGGUCCGGUGGAAUUGAGCCUGAUCAGUCUCAACUGGAGAGCUUAAUCGACAAUCCUCAGCAGGCUUUUCACAUGCGGAUUUCUCUUGGUGAUGAGCAUACUGCAACAGGUGCAAACACUUUAGGAGAUUUUUAUGUUUCAGUUUCUUUAACCGACGAUCCAGUACCAGAAGCAAUGCUGCAUGUCUAUGAUAAGUCUGGAACCUACCCUUUAUCUCCGCGGGGAUGUCAAAAUAUACGUGACGCUGAUUGGUUACAGUUUACCUCUAUGUGGCAAUCAAUCGCCGCUCGAAAUGUGGACAUUGGACCGUAUUUAAAAGCCAUUCCCGAUUCAAUCCAGGAAGAUUUAAAACCGCGCUGCCUAGAAUCCGAUUCCUUACUCCCGUCAACAUUGGAUCAUUUAAUAAUGACACUGCUUUCGAAAAAAUUGCCCAAUUCCCCUGAAAGCGCUUUAUCCGAAUGGCUCGGGCUGAUGGCGGGCGAUCAGGAAUCGACCGUUCGAGAUUUGGGAACAAAAAUUGAAAUAGCGCUACAAGAGAAUGCCACCUCCUGGAUUUUGGCAAAUGCGGCAGCUUUGUAUUGGAGAAUCGUCGGUAAUACCGAAGAGGCGGUGGCUUGUUUAAGGCAGGCGAUUACGUACGUUCCGACUCAUAUGAAAGACAUUCCAUUGAUCAAUCUUGCAAACAUCCUGCAUAGGGUGGGAUACCAUAGCGAUGCUCUUGAAGUGGCUUACAUUGCUCUGGAAAGCCAUCCCAAUUUCGUCGUUAAUCAUUUCACAAUAGGAAAUAUUCAUACCUCUUUGGGGGACUUGGAGAAGGCCAUCGCAUUUUACAGAUCAUCAUUAAUGCUCGAUGCAAGUUUUGAACCGGCCAGGAAUAGGUUGCAGGCGAUUUUAUGUACGCUGCUAUUUGAUGAAAGCGGAUCUCUACGAGAUGGUACAGACGUAUCGGAUAAUUGACAACAUAUUCUGUUCCUGGCAUUCUAAAUCUAAUGCAUGUUGUCAGCUUUGUUCCUAAAAGUUUAAAAAGUUUGACAAAUAUUUUAUCUAAAUUUCAAGUAUUAUGUACUUACACUGUAUUAUAUCAAUUUGUUUACGUUUAAUUUUGCCAAAGAAGGAGAUUGUGUUCAUUUUAAAUUAAACUUUUUAUUUAAUAUAUCCUUAGAUUGUU